AUGCUUCAUCGUCGUCAUGAUAUACCAGAAAAUGCAUUAAAAAUCAAACAGUUUUCGAAUAAUCUCAUAACGAUGUUUAAUGAUAGAUAUACAAGUUUAUUAUCCUAUCUUGAUACAUAUCGUAGUCGAAACGAGAUGAUAUUAGUUCAUUCAAUUAAACGUAAAUUACGUCAAACAUCCAAUAUUAUACGUGUGACUGAUAAGAGUCGAGUUUUUCAUGUCGAUUCAACUAUUCAUUAUGAAGAAAAAGAAGGUACUCCUUUACGACCUAUUGUAUCUGGUAUUUAUGCACCAGCAACAGGAAUAUCCAAAAUGUUAGAUAAAUUAAAGCGACCUUUAUUUGAUCAAUAUGUUAAACAAACAACAAUAAUCGAUGGUGUUCAUCUUAUUCGUCAACUUCAUAAAUAUGUAAGUUUAGAUCUUUUAAAACCUAGUACAUAUUUAUGCACAUUUGAUAUCACCGAUCUUUACACCAUGUUACCACAAGAAGAAGCAAUAGCUAUUCUAAAAACAUUUCUUCUUCAAUUCGGUCAUACACAUGUUAGACAUAUGACCAUUGAUGCUAUAGAAAGUUUAGCUCGUAUUGUCCUAAUAGAAAAUGUAUUUACUUAUAAUGAUAAAUAUUAUCGACAAAUUGAAGGGGGUACAAUGGGAUCGCCGUUUACUCUAACUUUGGCUAACAUAUUUAUGUGGCAUUGGGAACAAAAGUUAGUCGAAAAACAAAAAUCAUUCAAUGAACUAUAUGGCCGAUAUAUUGAUGAUAUCUCCAUGACAUCAAAUGAUUCCGUUGAAUAUCUUCGUCAAAUGUUAAGCACUGCUAAUGAAUAUCAUACAAAUAUUAAAUUAACAUCUGAAAUUGUCCAUCAUAAAGAUUCUGCUGAACCGUACAUUCUACCAUUCAAAUCUGAUCAUCCACGUCAUUAUUUCGGAAAUAUUACCAGAACCUCUCUUUGUCGAGCUAUUCGUUAUUCAUCCACUUUACAAGAAUUUAAUUAUGAACGCCGAUAUAUUAAAUUAAUGUUACUCUACAAUGGUAAGAUAUAUUCAACAUCAAUUCGAAAACCUAUUUUCGAAACUUUCCAUCAAACGACUUCAUUUUCACAAAUGAUUCAUGAUGAAAAUAAAUAUCUUACAGUACGAGGUGGACUUUUACUGAAAGCAACACCUGGUGAACACGCACGAGCUGCUCGAAUUGCAACUGAAAUCGAUAGAAAUAAAUCAACAACAUGCAUUGAUCCAUCAGUCAAUUACAAUUAA